UGAAGCUGAUCAGUCAGAGAAGACGUGCCAGGCUGCUCAGUGUAGUGUGUGCAGGUUGACUAUUGAAUAAAGUAGAGAGGUUUGUCUGAACGCUGCCGGGUCAACAGAGGCUGAACACUGAGGAGACAUGGAAGCUGUGAUCGGACUGUUGCUGAUGAUACUCGGAGUCUCUCACGGUGUGGAGACCUACUGUGAUGGCCGACAGCGUGGAGCUCAGUGUUAUGGAGCUUUGGGAGGAAAUGUGGUCGUCCAGCUGAUGGACAGCGCCUCAGAAAUACCUAUAUACCGAUGGUUUAAAGAAAUCACAAAGAUGCUUGAUGGGAGAGGGAAUGUCAUUCUGUCUAAUCUGACAGGAACCAGAUUCUCCUUUACUCCCAGUAAUGGAACAUUUAGGAUCAAUGAGCUGAGCAGGACUGAUGGAGGUGAAUAUGAACUUGAAACCUAUGAUUCAGCAGAACAGAGUUCAGAGAGGACUCUACAGUUGACCAUUCAAGCUCCUGUGUCCUCUGUCCUGCUGGUCACUGAGUGUCUGUCCCAGGGAGAGAUGAAGGUGUCCUGCUCCUCUGAGGGAGGGGACAGUCUUCAGUACAGCUGGACUCUGGAUGGACGCACACUGACGGACGCUGAGCUCCUCUCUGGAAAUCCUGAGACUAACAACGUUACUCUGAAACAACACGUCUCAGGACUCCUGGUCUGCUCAGUCAGGAACAACGUCAGCAGGAUGUCUACCUGUGGCUUCACAUUAAUGGAGUGCACCUUAUCCAAUAAGAUGCACUUAUCACGCUGGGUCCUUUCAGGCAAUAAUUCCCUGUGUGAGUCAACAGCCUCGACCCCCAUCACUGAGGCCUCCACUGCAGAUCACUCCCUGCUCAUAUGUGGAGUGCGAGCAGCUGUGGUGACUCUCGCAUUAAUCGGGAUCGCGGUUUAUUUUGCUUGGAAGAAGAAGACAGACAAGAAGGCCGUCCGUCGACAGAUGGAACAAGAGAACUCUGUUGUGAUGGUUGACAUGAGAAGUGCUGCUGCACGUUAACUUUGUGAAACCAACAACUUAGACUCUCCGACACUCGGUCACUUCAGUUGUUGAUCGGUGAAAGUACGAUCCUUUAAGUAGAAUUAACUCAAGUGGAAAGAGUGUCUUGUUGUGAAAUGUUCAGAGCACCAGUGAUAAAACAUUCAGGGGACCACAGCUCCACAGUGAUAGUGUGAAUACAUUAUAUAUAAUGAUAUUGUCAUAUUAGCAGUGCAACUCAUUUUGAUGCCUUUUGGAAAUUAUUGUACUGUAGAUUUCUACAUCGUCGUUCUCUGGUGAAAACAAUGAAUCUCCACAUGUGAUUUUAAUUUUCCAGGUAAAUUGAAGGAUUAAGUGUUUCUUUAUGGGUCGAGAAUAUUCUCCUACUUCUUCAUGUGAAUCAGAUAUUUAAAACACUUUUAAAUGAGAAAUGCAUCGUCACAAACCUGCAAAGUUGAUGUUUUGGAGAUAAUUGACUUAGUAGCUUUGCAUAUUUUAAAUUUGUUUGGAUUUUGCCUUCAAAGCAUGUUUUUUUAACAUUGUGUAUUUAUGCCCAAACUGUAAUUAUACACCAUCUAAAUUAAGGUCAUAUUCACACGUAUAACACACGUGUGUGUUUGGUUUCACUCACAUUAUGUUCUAGUUAAGUAACAGUUGUUUAUAUUCAGCUUUAAAUGUAACUUUCUGUUUAGUUUUCAGCCUGGAUAUAAGAGACAUUUGUAUUUUCAUGUUAAAGUUAAAAAAUACUUCACGGUUGUUUUUAGAACCUAAGGUAUAUAUUAAUAUGUAAAUUUAUAUUUUAUGUAUUUAGAACUGAUGUAGCUGAGUGGAAAGUUGUAGUCACAGUAAAAU